AUGGCACAGAUCCCCUUCAGCGGGGUGCGGACGCCCAUACGACAAAACUCGGUCGACGUACGCAAUGAAGUCCAUGUGCAGCAAAAUCACUAUAUCGGAAUCGACGUUGGCACUGGUAGCGCCCGUGCCUGCAUUAUUAACGAGGUUGGCGACAUCGUUGGCCUCUCCUCAGAGAACAUCGGUCUCUGGCAGCCCCAGACGGGCUAUUAUGAACAAUCCACCAACGACAUCUGGCGCUGCAUCUGCACAUCAGUGCACCGGGCGAUAGCACAGAACAACAUCGACCCUCACUCGAUCCGGGGCAUCGGGUUCGACGCAACCUGCUCUCUGGCGGUAUUCACGCACGACACGGACGAGCCUGUGUCCGUGACGGGCCCUAACUUUGACUCGUCCACCAACGACCACAACGUCGUGCUGUGGCUUGACCAUCGGCCCGUCGAGGAGACCAAGAAAAUUAACAACACCAAUCACAACCUGCUCCGCUACGUUGGCGGCACCAUGAGCAUCGAGAUGGAAAUCCCCAAGGUGCUGUGGCUGAAGAAUAACAUGCCAAAGGAGCUCUUCGACCGCUGCAAGUUCUACGAUCUCACCGAUGCCCUCGAGCAUAUCGCCACGGGCAAUGAGAAGCGCAGUUUCUGUUCCGUCGUUUGCAAGCAGGGCUAUGUCCCCGUCGGUGUCGAUGGUAGCGUCAAGGGCUGGCAGGAGGACUUCCUCAAUGAAAUCGGUCUCGAAGAUCUCGCCGAGGAUAAUUUCAAGCGCAUGGGCGGAGUCAACGGGGUGAACGGCGAGUACCUCUCUGCUGGUGAGCUGGCAGGCCAUCUCUGCGAGAAGGCCGCCGCCGACCUGGGUCUCCCCGCCGGCAUCGCAGUGGGUAGUGGUGUCAUCGACGCCUAUGCAGGUUGGAUCGGCACUGUCGGGGCCAAAGUCAACCUCUCCAGCGACCACCUCGACACCAGCCAAGCAUCCAACGAUCAAUCCCAAGCUUUUACACGGCUGGCGGCCGUCGCCGGUACGUCGACCUGCCACUUGGUGCUGUCAGCGGACCCGGUCUUUGUGCCGGGUGUCUGGGGCCCCUACAGAGACAGCAUCAUCCCGAACUUCUGGAUGGCCGAGGGCGGGCAAUCCGCAACGGGCGAGUUGCUCAAACACGUGCUCGAGACGCACCCGGCGUACAACCAAGCGCUGUCCAUGUCGCAAUCGUCAUCGAGCAACAUCUACGAUUUUCUGAACCAGCACCUCCAGGACAUGCAGGAACGCAGCUCUGCGCCGUCGAUCAGUUAUCUGGGGCGUCAUUUCUUCUUCUACGGCGACCUGUUCGGCAACCGGUCGCCGAUCGCGGACCCGACCAUGUCCGGGUCGGUGGUUGGGUUGUCCAGCGACAAAUCCCUCGAUGGGCUGGCGCUGUACUACUAUGGAACCAUGGAGUUCAUUGCUCUGCAGACGCUGCAGAUCAUAUUGACGAUGAACAAAUCCGGGCACAAGAUCAGCUCCAUCUUCAUGUCCGGCUCGCAAUGCCAGAACGACAUCCUGAUGUCCUUGGUCGCCACCGCCUGCGACAUGCCGGUCCUCAUCCCCCGCUACGUCCACGCGGCCGUCUGCCAUGGUGCCGCCAUGCUCGGCGCCAAAGCCGCCAGUGCCGACGUCAACGGCAAGACAGAAGAUCUCUGGAGUAUCAUGGACCGCAUGAGCAAGCCUGGGAAACUUGUGCGUCCAACAGCCAAUAAAUCCGUCAAGCCUCUGCUCAAGGUCAAGUAUAAAGUCUUCCUCGAGCAGUGUGAGCGCCAGAGAGAGUUCAGGAAGAUGGUUGAUGAAGUCACUCAGGCUUCUGCUCCUUCGUAG